GGGAUGUACAAAAAUUAGGGUUUUCCUUUUCUUGAGAAUUUAAUUUGGGGAAUCAAACAUUUGACAGCGGAACUUUACAAAAAAUGGCUGAUCAACUCUCAGAGGAACAAAUUGCAGAAUUCAAAGAGGCUUUCUCGCUCUUUGAUAAGGAUGGAGAUGGCACAAUCACCACCAAGGAACUUGGAACAGUGAUGAGAUCUCUGGGACAAAACCCAACUGAAGCAGAACUUCAGGAUAUGAUUAAUGAAGUAGAUGCAGAUGGUAAUGGAACAAUUGACUUUCCAGAAUUUCUUACCAUGAUGGCCAAGAAGAUGAGAGAAACUGACAGUGAAGAGGAAAUCAGAGAGGCUUUCCGAGUGUUUGAUAAAGAUGGCAAUGGUUUUAUCAGUGCCUCUGAGUUGCGACAUGUGAUGACAAACUUGGGAGAAAAACUUACAGAUGAAGAAGUUGAUGAGAUGAUUCGAGAAGCAGACAUUGAUGGAGAUGGACAAGUCAAUUAUGAAGAGUUUGUUAAGAUGAUGACAAGCAAGUAAAGUUUUGACCAUUCUUCAUUGUUUUUUCCUAAAAGCAAUGAAAGAAAAUGGAUUAAACAAUUGUCUGGAAGUGUUUGGUCAGUCAAGCAACUAUCUGUAUCAGCUACAUUACAUUUUUGCUUCUUUACUGCAUUGGGAGGACAUUUAAUUGUGAUUUAAUUUAUUAUCACUGUGAGCUGUAAGUUUUAUUCCAUUAAAUUAUUUAAGAAUUUUUAUCCCAUAAUAUUACUGACCAGGAAAAUUUAUUUAAAAAGUGGUCCUUAGAACUUGGUGUUAAAGUGAGUAAGCAAUAUUACACCAUAGCACUGAAAAAAAUUUGUAGGUUUUUUAUGGGUAUUUGAUUAUUCAAAAGAUUCACAAACACAAGUUCCUUCAAGAGGGGAAAAGAAACUUACAAGAACAACAAAAACAAAAACAAAAACAAAAAAAAAUGCACAAAUUCUCCUUUUUUUCAGUCCAGUUAAAAACUCCUGUUUAUUCACUUGUGUUACCAGGGUGAAGAAAAAUGUCAUUAUCAUGGUUAUUUAUUCCAAACUGCUUUUGUCACAAUAAAUAUUACACACCUUAUUGAAAA